UAAAAUUGUGUAGUAAAAAAAUGGAGAAAGAAAAAGCAAACGCGUGAUUAUAUUGGAGACUCAAAAGAGUCUUCUCGGCCCAAUCGCUCAGAUACAUGCAAAAAUGGCGGACGACAUAGACGUAGAGGCUUUCUUGCUCGAAUUGGGAAACCUAGACAGCUACAUAUUUCUCUAUGAAAGAGAAUAUUCGAAGCUCGCCUAUGGCUAGAUGUGGCCGGCUUGAUCCAGAUGAUUUCAUUCAAAACUAUAAACGUGCUCUAGAAGACUACGAUGCGAUUGCAAAGGAGGGUCCUUCUCAAGGUUUCAACGUGGGCGAUGCAAAAAAUUUGAGCCAUGAUGAGUUGGAGAAGAUCACUAAUGGGUUCUGUCAAGAGAAUUUUAUCCAGCACAUUGGAUAUGGCAGAUUGUUCCGGGGGUUUAUAGAUGACGGUGAAGGAAUGCGGGAGGUUACUGUCAAAACAUGGGAUUUUAUCUUUCCUGGGGUGAUAAGCUAUGAUUUGUAUCCACGAAAAUUCUGGGAUGAAAUUGUAUUACUUGAAAGGUCAGAAUUUGAGUCUCAUCCUUGCUUGAUGAAGUUGAUUGGCUUUUGUUUUGACAAGAAGCUCGCUGUAGUUUAUGAUAUGAAGUUCAAGACACCCUUGUGCGAUGCAGUUCGUUCUGCUGAAUUUGGGUGGAAGGAGCGAAUGAAGGUGGCAACUGAUUAUGCACUGCUCCUGAUAACAUUAAGCCGGAAGCAGUUUGAUGUUUGGUGUAAUGGUUGUACUGAUAGAUGAUGGAUGAGGAAUAUAACAUUAAGCUGUUGGACUUUAGAGUCAAUGCAUUCCCGCAGACACUUGGGGUUUACAAUUCUGCCACUGCCUCAGGUAUCUGUACAUCUUUAUUACUCCAUAAGUUGUAUUACUGCUCCUGUUAUUGUCCGUACACCACACCUUUGAGUGCGUGUCUAUUCUAUUUGCCCAUAUGUAUUUUAUUCAAAGAUUAAGUGCCUUUUUUUGGGGAAAUGGAACACUAGAUUAUACUUAUCAUACGCAAACAUACAUGCAUCUAGCGAGAAUUCUGUCUUUUGACCAAAAAACAAGAGCUAAUGUUAAUCCCAACUAGUUUUUUCGCCUAUAUGAAUCCAUUUGCUUUCAUUGCGUUCUUUUUUUAUUUAAGUUAUAUCGAUUUAGGCCGAUUAUGGUUCUUUCAAGACCUACUUUCAUGUGAUUUUAGGUCUGUCUUGUCCCUUUUAUUAUCUUCAAUCAUCAUAUUUUUUGGACCUACAACUCGAUGGAUAUGGAGGUCUACCCAGGCCACCUUCUCUUAUUUUGUCUUGUCUUUCUUUCACGCUAUACAAAAUAUGAUCCUUUGUAAUCGUGUUCAUUGUUGUCUUAUCGUACUUUCAUCUUAACUUCCACAUUUUUAUGAUGUUUGAUCUUGUGGAUAUUGUGGUUUGGAGUUUCAAUAUCACUCCCUUAUAAUGUUUUUGGGCUGAGAUUAUAGUGCAUAUAUUUUGUCUUUCUUCUACUUGCCCUAAAACUCUUACAGUUUGGACUUUGGAGUAAAUUUUUGUUGACUCUUAUGUUAUUUCAUCUGCAAGCAACAAGGUACAUCAUCCUGUAUACUUUUGGUUAGUUCGUCCAUAGCUAGGUAAACAGGUACGAGUUUAACGAUGAUUUCUGCUGUAAAUUUGCUAUCAUAAGAAAAUCAAUUUGUCUUUUUUUCUACGGUUCGCACUUGCGAAAGCUUCGUUAUACACAUCUCUUUCUUUUAAUCAGGUAAAAGUAAAGCUUUUAUGGAUAAGCAGCACCAAGAAGGUGCUAUACAACAAAAGGUUGCACCUGACUACCUCAUAUACUAACCUACUUAGACUGCGAGGUACUGUGUGCGUGGGUAUUUACAUGAGUAUAAAAGGAAACCUUCCUAGUCUUGUAUAACAGUAAUGAACUCUAUGAGUUCUUCUCUGUCCUCUAUUAGAACAUUUUACACCAAAAUGACGGCAGACAUAUGCAUUCAAACUUGAUUUUAUAGAUAGGUUUGUGUCUACUUUCCAAACACUUGAGGCUCCUCUCCUUCCAAAUUAUCUACCAGAUGCAUGUAGGUAUUUUGUUCCACAGCCUUCUUUUCUUCCUGGUGAUACCUUUUCUAUUCCAGCAAAUAAAUAGCUCUUUUGGAGAUUUUGGCAAUACCUGUUUCAACUUGAACAUGUUCAGGAACAUAACCCAGAGGUUAACUGUCACCUUGCAAUACAAAAAUUAUGUGGUAGUUACUUUGCAUUUCUCUUAUGCAUAGAUAGCACCAGUUGCACACAGGGGCGGACCCAUAUGGAGUUAAGAGGGUUCAUACGAACCCGCUUCGUCGAAAAGUAACACUGUGUAUAUAGGUAUAUUUUUUCUGUCUUCAAAAAAGUAAAGGUAUAAAUAUAAUUUUGAACCCGCUUCAAACAAGUAAAUCGCCUAGCCUGCUGGUAAAGAGGGUUCAAAUUUUCCACAUGGUCCUGAGUUCGAAACCAGCUAGUCACAUAUGGCCUCUAUUUUUGUUUUUUUAAAAUAGGUUACUUUUCCCAUAAAAACGACGUCGUUAGCCCCUCUGCCCUCUAGUCACAUAUGAUCUUUGAGAUUAGAGAUCAAAAUCUCUAAUCUUAAGCCCUCGAUGCCUCUCUCUCUCUCAUUCUCUCUCUCUCUUCAAUUUCAAAGAGAAUUGCCUCCUCCGUUAGCCCCUGCUGAGAAGGUCAUCUCCCUCAAAGACAAAGGGCGUAAUCUUGGUAUCAGGUGAUCAAUAAGAACCAAUUCUAGUUUUCCAAUUUGUAGUAUUUAUUCCUCUUUUGCAUAAAGAUUUAAUCCCAAUAAAUUUCCUUCACCUUUAUGUGCUUCCUUCUCUUUGUUGACUGUUGUAGUUCAAUUUCAAAGAACAUUGCUUCAUAGUUGUCUCCUCCAUUAGCCAUAAGCCACUGCCGCUUCUCGUUGGGUCGCCUCUCUCCGUCUGUCGCCGUCAGCCCUACCCCGUCAAUUGUCACUAUCAGUUUGUGUUACAAUGAGGAGAUUUUACCCUCCAGCAUCUCCCAAGUUGCCACAACCAAGUUCAUCUUCUCCAAUUGCUGCUCCCAUAGAACAAAAUUUGAACCAAUUAGAAGAGCAACCUCAAUCCUCUAAAAGACAAAGACAAGGAAUAGUCUUGAUUCUUUACCAACUGAUCCAAAGGAGAGAAUACCCAUUAGAGAUUAUCAUCCAAAUGAGCGUGAUGAGAUUAGAAGAGAAUAUCUUCGAAGAGGUCCUUGCCAACCCCGACAUCAUAAGUUUCCUCAAAGAGAUUUUUCGGGCUUAAAGCGUCGUUUCAAUCAUAAAUAGUUUGAUGAAUAUGGUAAUUGGUUGGAGUAUAGUGAUAGAAGAUGCAGCUUAUUGUUUGUGUUGUUACUUGUUUCAAGAUGAAGAAAUUCAUCAAGGUGGAGGCGAUGUAUUUUCAAGUUUAGGAUUUAAGAGUUGGCAAAAAAAGAAGAGAUUCGAAGAGAUUCGAUAUGCAUGUUGGUAAGUCGAGCAGUAGUCAUAAUCAUGCAAAAAGGAAAUGUGAAGAUCUAUUAAAACAAAAACAGUCAAUUCAAACUUCAUUUGAUAGGCAAUCCAGUCAAACAAAGCUCGAAUACAAAAUUCGCUUGAAGGCUUCAAUUGAGGUUGUAAGACUCCUAUUGAAUCAAGGAUUGGCAUUCCGUGGACAUCGUGAAGAUGAAUCAUCAUUAAAUAAGGGAAACUUUCUUGAGAUUCUUUCAUGCAAUGCAGAGAGGUGCGAUAAAAUUCGUGAUCUUGUGUUGAAAAAGGCUCCAAAGAAUGAUCAGUUGACCUCUCAUAAAAUUCAAAAAGACAUUAUCAUUGCAUGUAAAAUUGAAACAGUUAAAGCAAUCAUGGACAAUCUAAAUGGAGACUUUUUUGCAUUGCUAGUUGAUGAAUCAUGUGAUGUAUCACGCAAGGAGCAAUUAGCUGUUGUCUUGCGAUAUGUUAAUAGAUGUGGAUCUGUGGUGGAGCAUUUUAUUGGGAUUGUUCAUGUUCGUAAUACUAGUGGUUUAUGUUUAAAGGAAGCAAUUGCUGAUUACCUUGCUCAACAUUCUUUGAGUUUAUCUUAUGUGCGUGGACAGUGCUAUGAUGGAGCAAGCAACAUGCAAGGGGAUUUAGGUGGCCUCAAAACUUUGAUUCAACAAGAAAGUAAAUCCGCUUAUUCCAUUCAUUGUUUUGCACACCAACUUCAAUUGACUCUUGUUGCGGUAUCCAAAAAGUGUCUUGAAGUGGGAGAACUUGUAUUGUUGGUUUCUAAUGUAUUGAAUAUAGUGGGAGGUUCUUACAAACGUAUGGAUGAUCUUCGAGAAUCUCAAGCAGAAAAAGUUCAAGAGGCAUUAGACAUGGGUGAACUUGAAACUGGUCGGGGUUUGAAUCAAGAACUUGGUCUUGCCAGAGUUGCCGAUACUCGUUGGGGUUCGCACUACAAAUCUUUUAAGAACUUUAUUUCUAUGUUUGGCUCAAUUAUUGAUGUUCUUGAUACUAUCGUUGUUGAUGCCUGGACUUUAGAAGAAAGAGCUAAGGUAAAGGGAUAUCUUAGCACUUGUCAAACAUUUGAGGUUGCUUUCAUGUUGCACCUAAUGAGAGAUGUUUUGGAGAUCACAAAUGAGCUUAAUACAUCCUUACAAAAAAAGGAGCAAGAUAUUGCAAAUGCUAUUCUACUUGUUGAAGCGGCAAAGAAACGGUUGCAAAAGCUAAGAGAAGAAGAAUGGGGUUUACUUAUUGAUAAGGUGUCUGCAUUUUGUGUCAAGUAUAAUAUUUUGAUACCAAACUUUGAUGACUUCUAUGUUAACUCCGGAAGAUCUCGACGUAAAGUUGUUGAUUAUACUAUUUUACAUUACUAUCGUGUUGAUAUAAUUUUUAAGAUUAUUGAUUGGCAAGUUCAAGAACUCAAUGCUUGUUUUAAUGAGGUGACAACGAACUUGCUUGUUGGAGUAGCGUGCUUAAAUCCAGUUGAUUCAUUUUCCAGUUUUGACAUAAACAAGAUAUUGAUGAUGGCUGAAUUGUAUCCUGGCGAUUUUGAUGAGAAUAUAAUGGUUACGCUCAAGAAUCAACUUGAAACUUAUAUUGUUGAUGUUCGUGAUUUUGACGAAAGGUUCUCAAAUCUACAUGGACUUGUUGAUCUUUCUAAAACACUAGUUAAGACAAAGAAGCAUUUGAAUUAUUCAUUUGUGUUUCGCCUUGUGAAAUUUGCUUUGCUUCUACCAGUUGCCACUGCUACAGUUGAAAGAACUUUCUCGGCGAUGAAGUUGAUCAAAAGUGAAUUGCGAAACCGAAUGAAUGACGAAUUCAUGAGCGGUUGUUUGGUACCUUAUGUAGAAAGAAAAAUAUUUACACCAUUUCUGAUGAGACUAUUAUGAAUACGUUUCAGAAAAUGAAAACUUGUAGAGGACAAUUGUAAUAAUAUAUUUUAUUAAUAUAUAGUUUUUGUUGA